AUGCCCACCCUCAAAUUCUGCGGCGAGUGUAACAACCUCCUGUAUCCACGAUCGGACAACAACUCGAGGAUCCUCCUCUACCAAUGCCGUAACUGCAACUACGCAGAGAACGCGACCUCGGACCCCGGAUGGGCUCCUUGCGUGUACAAGAAUGACCUGUUGACGGUCGCGAGCGGGCAGCAAGUCGAGGGUGGUCUGUCUGCCUUGGAGCGAAGGAGUGGGUGGCAACGAUGUUGGAACGACGUGGUGAUGGUUGGUCAUCACCGCCUGCCAUCGCUUUCCACUCCCAUCGUGGCGCUCCCUGCAGCGGCAAACACACCAUCGGCCCGUGCCAGCUCCCACUACACACCGCACCACCAGCCUACGGCCCCAAUCCCCGAUCGCUCCUUGCUCGUCCUUGGCUCGCAUCCUCAUCCUCAUCCUGUCAUCCUCCCUUGCGCAGACACUGACCCCUCUCCCAGAGAACAAGCCGGCGAGACCAAAGACCUCGAGACCGAUCCUACUCUGCAGCGCUCGCCCAUCCAGUGCCCUGUGUGUUUCAAGAGCGGCGCCGUGUUCUACCAGGACCAGGCCAAGCGUCAAACCACCAACAUGACCCUCUUCUACCACUGCAUCCACUGCAAGCACCUGUUCCGCGACCCCAACAUCAAGACUCGUUAA